UGUGCACAUAUUUCUGGCUACAUGGGAAAAUUACAUGGUUUCCUUGUUCAUGCCUGCAAGGAGAAUCCUCGAACAUAUAAAACUGAUAGAACAAUCAUUAGUUCUAUAUUAGCAGUGCUAACUGUAUCAGCCACUAUAAAUAUGCUUAUACCAAAUCCAAGUUCACACACCACAAAAGCAAGACCUACAACAAAAAGAAGAAGAAAAAUGAGAAAUCUUGGCUUGACAUUCUUGGUCCUCUCUGUCCUGAUCUUGUCAUUGAGCUUGAGCAUUGAUGCUAAAGGCAAAACCUGCAAACCGAGUGGCAAGAUCAAGGGCAAGAAACCACCUAAAGACAAAUGCAACCGGGAUCACGACUCCGACUGCUGUGAAAGUGGCAAGUACUACACCACCUACAAAUGCUCGCCCCCGGUCACUGGCCAGACUAAAGCAGUUCUCACCAUCAAUGGCUUUGAGAAAGGGGAUGACGGUGGAGGGCCGUCAGAGUGUGAUGGAAAGUUCCACUCAGACGACACCCCCAUCGUGGCACUCUCGACAGGGUGGUUCAACAACAUGAAGAGGUGCUUCCAUAAUAUCACCAUUCAUGGAAAUGGGAGGAGUGUGACUGCCAUGGUGGUGGAUGAGUGUGAUUCCACCAUGGGGUGCGAUGAUGAGCACGACUAUCAGCCUCCGUGCCCCAACAACAUUGUCGAUGCUUCUGAAGCCGUCUGGAAAGCUCUGGGAGUGCCUGAGGAUGAUUGGGGUGAGAUGGAUAUCAAGUGGUCUGAUGGACGCCUUCAAUCUUGCAACCCGAGUGGAAAAAUCAGAGGAAAGAAACCACCUCCGGGGCAAUGCAACCAGGAAAACGAUUCCGAUUGCUGUAAACAAGGGAAGCUCUACACCACUUACAAAUGUUCUCCCCCCGUUUCUGGAAGCACGAAAGCAGUUCUCACCAUCAACAGCUUCCAGAAGGGAGGAGACGGAGGCGGCCCAUCCGAGUGUGACAAUCAGUACCACUCUGAUGACACACCAGUCGUCGCGCUAUCAACUGGUUGGUACAGCGGAGGGAGCAGAUGCCUCAACAACGUAACCAUAAGUGGAAAUGGCCGGAGUGUGACAGCAAUGGUGGUGGAUGAGUGUGAUUCCACCAUGGGAUGUGAUGCCGAUCACGACUAUCAGCCACCGUGUCCUAACAACAUCGUUGAUGCCUCGAAGGCUGUCUGGAAAGCCUUGGGGGUUCCCGAAGGCGACUGGGGCGACUUGGAUAUCACCUGGUCUGAUGCUUAGUAUGUAAGAAUAUUUACCAUCUCUUCCUCUAUUAAAUCAUGUCAAUGCAUGUAAUAUGUGAUUCCUGUAUCAU